AUAGACCACUCACAGAACCGCAUGAUCCCACCCCACCCAUCCAUCGCUCCCAUUCAAGUCUUUAUUUUCCGGCAUCGAAGGCGCAGCUUCCGCUGGUAGCUUGUUAGAGGAACCGAAUUGGAGAAAAAUAUCAAAGAACAAAAUGGGAGUCGAGGUUGAGACGAUUCAUCCGGGAGACGGAAAAACUUUUCCCAAACCAGGACAGAAGUGCGUGGUGCAUUAUGUUGGAUGCCUGACAAACGGAAAAACGUUCGACUCCUCCCGGGAACGAAACAAGCCAUUCUCGUUUAAGAUUGGGAAAGGGGAUGUGAUCCGGGGCUGGGAUGAAGGCGUUCAGCAGAUGAGCGUGGGGCAGAGGGCCAAGCUGACCUGCUCUCCCGAUUACGCCUACGGGAGUGAGGGGUACGCUCCCAUCAUCCCGGGCAACGCCACCCUCGUCUUCGACGUGGAGCUCCUGAGGAUUGAGUGAAUCCCGUCCUGCCACCCCGUCCCACCACCACGUAUUGCUUUUUUGGUUGGCUCCUACCAUGUGAAGACACUGGGUUGAUUCUGGGGGAGAGAUGCAACUGAUGCUGAGUGGGGCUCGAGUCUUUUUCUGCAUUUUCAUCACUUACCUGCUGGAUUAAAAAAAAAUAGAAAACUGUCAGUGACGCCCAACAUAUUUCCUAAAAGUGUGGGCCACAACCUUACGAUUAUUUUAAUUGGAACGUUUUUUUUCUUCUUCCUACUUUCUUUGUGUUUUUCUUUGCCUUAAUCCCAUGAAAUACCACAGACAUGCUAAACUCUUCUUUUUGUAUCUAAAUAUCAUUUAAAUGGCACUUGACUACUUUAAGUUGAUUAGAAUCUGUAUGUCCACUCAUGUAAUUAGGCAACCUAAUGCCGUCCAUUUCAAGUGAGGCUACAACCCCCCUCCUCUGCCUGGUCUCUCACCCUAUUCAGCCGAAUACAUUACUGCCUAAAUGCACCUCACUGGCAUCAUAUUUUCUGUCCUGUUGCAUCAUUUUCCCAGCACACAUUAAGUGUGUACAUGCACACGUUAUAAAUUGGUGUUUCUGCAGAAUAGGAAUCCUGUUACCCAAGGGCCUGAUGAAUUUCCCACCCCCUCUAUAUAUCACCUGAAUUUGCUGUGAUGUAUAUUUUUCAGAUGCCAACUUUGUAACUUCAGUAAAUUUUUACAAACUGCA